AUGGCACCCACUAAUGCCUCCGUCGAGGACGGCAAGUUCCGCGACAUGGCCAGGGACACUGUUGAGCUCAAUGGCGAGCAACAUAUGACCACCGACUAUGGAGUCAAGAUCUCAGACCCGGAUCACUGGCUUCGGGUUGGCGAUAACAAACACAUUGGUCCUUCGCUCCUGGAAGAUCAGAUUGCACGCGAGAAGAUUAUGCGUUUCGACCACGAGCGCAUCCCCGAACGUGUCGUGCACGCUCGCGGGACGGGCGCCUUUGGCACUUUCAAGCUGUUCGAGAGUGCAGAGGAUGUUACCACCGCUGGUGUAUUGACCGAUACCAGCCGCACAACUCCCCUGUUCGUGCGUUUCUCUACUGUGCAGGGUAGCAAGGGCAGUGCGGAUACCGUGCGUGACGUGCGCGGUUUCGCCGUGAAGAUGUACACUGAGGAAGGAAACUGGGAUAUUGUGGGUAACAAUAUCCCCGUCUUCUUUAUUCAGGAUGCCAUCAAGUUCCCGGACGUUAUCCAUUCUGUCAAGCCUGAGCCGCACAAUGAGGUGCCGCAGGGUCAGAGUGCGCACAACAACUUCUGGGACUUUAUUUACAUGCAUUCGGAGACUACACACAUGAACUAUUGGCAAAUGUCUGACCGAGCCAUUCCUCGCUCGUAUCGCAUGAUGCAGGGCUUUGGUGUCAACACCUAUUCUUUGGUGAACAAGGAGGGAAAGCGCAGCUUCGUCAAGUUCCACUUUACUCCUGAGUUGGGUGUGCAUUCCUUCGUUUGGGACGAGGCUCUCAAGAUUUGCGGUCAGGACCCCGACUUCCACCGCAAGGAUCUCAUCAGCGCUAUCGAAGCAGGCCACUUCCCGCGCUGGAAGUUCGGCAUGCAGAUUCUCCCCGAGGAGAAGCAGGACGACUUCGAGUUCGACCCUCUCGAUGCCACCAAGGUCUGGCCUGAGGAGCUUAUCCCAAUCCGAUACAUUGGCCAGCUGGAGCUCAACCGCAAUGUCGACGAGUUCUUCCCGCAGACUGAACAGGCCGCCUUUUGUACCAGCCACAUCAUUCCCGGUAUCGACUUCUCCGACGACCCACUGCUGCAGGGCCGCAACUUCUCCUACUUCGAUACCCAGAUCUCGCGUCUUGGCCCGAACUGGGAGGAACUUCCCGUCAACCGUCCCGUCUGCCCAUACAUGAACCUCGUCAACCGCGACGGCGCAAUGAAGCACAAGAUCACCAAGGGAACGGUGAACUACUGGCCGAACCGCUUCGAGACCAACCCACCCGCCAAGCCAGCUCAGGGCGGCUUCACAAGCUACCCCGAGAAGCAACAGGGUAUCAAAGCCCGUCUGCUCUCCGACAAGUUCGCCGAGCACUACAACCAAGCCCAAGUCUUUUACAACUCCCUCUCCGAGAUUGAGAAGUUGCACUUGGCUAAAGCCUUCUCCUUCGAACUCGACCACUGCGACGAUCCCCUCGUCUACAAGCGCAUGACCGAGCGUGUCGCAGCCGUCAGCCUCGAGCUCGCCCAAACCGUCGCCGAAAACGUCGGCGGCGAGAAGCCGUCCAAGGCUCUGAAGCCCAACAACGGCGCUACAGCAAAGGGUCUCAGUCAGCUAGAAUACAUGCCUGAGAAGCCUACCAUUGAAACCCGCCGCAUUUCCAUCCUGAUCGCCGACGGCUUCGACUACGCCUCCUACACAGCCAUGAAAGAAGCUCUUUCAUCGCUCGGCGCAUUCGUCUUCACAAUUGGCGCCCAGCGCGCCGGUGUCACUUCCGAAUCUGGCGAGAAGGUCAUUCCGGAUCACUUCUUCAACGGCAUGCGGUCGACACUCUUCGACGCUGUCUUUGUGCCGGGUGGUAAACACAUCGAGACUUUGGCGAAGAACGGUGUUGCCAAGUUCUGGAUUACUGAAUCAUUCGCUCACCUCAAGCCUAUCUGCGGUGUGAACGAGGCUGUGGCAUUCAUCAGUAAGCAGAUCGCGUUGGAUGAGGUUGAGGUUGCUGCCCAGGGAACUGCGGUGACCGAGUCUUAUGGUGUGGUUACUGGAUAUGGCGAUGGCAACGGUCUCAAGGUUGAUAAUGUUGGACCCGACUCGAAGGGCUUGGCGGAGCAGUUUGUCUGGCACAUUUCGCGUCACCGCAACUGGGCCAGAGAGUUGGAUGGUUUGGCCGACCAGAUUGCGGCAUAA